UUCUGUGGAUUUGGCAACAUCCGGGUGAACGGUACUGUGUCUUUAAGAUUGCGUGUGUGUGUGUGUGUGUGUGUGUGUGUGUGUGUGUGUUGUCCAGUUAAAGCAGGAUAAUCCUGAGUUCAGCGCUCCCACACACACUGCAGGAAAUGUACCUGGAAUCGAGGAGAAUGAGCUGAGCGCGUGCUGAAUCCGGUCCAGUUAAUAAGACAAAAAAACACACAAAGUGUGAAGUCCUCUGUCCUGAAGAUGUGGAAAAGUUCCAGCUUCACCUCUGACUGAUACACAGCGCUGACACUGGAGACUCCUUCCACACGUUUUGUGUCAGUUUAAGUGUCAGUGGAGCGUCUGCAAUACGAUUCCCUGUGCUGUUACUAUAGAAACAAUGCCGUAUCUGAACAAACAUUAGCAUUAACAUAGACCUGUGACCUGCUGCUGCUGCUGUACUACUGACCAGACCUUCUGACCAGAAUCCAGAACUCAUCAGCCCUGUGGGAUAAAUAUAUAAAUCAAUCUGUCCUGCCGAUUCCUCGUGAAUAAUUCAGCAGUGUUCUAUACCACCAGCCGGAUGCUCUGAGAGUGUGUGUGUGUGUGAGUGUGUGUGUGUGUGUUAUGCUGCUAGUCGUGACUAGUGCUUCAGAGUCGCAUCGGAGUCACAUGGAGGUCGACGCUGAGCCUCGCAUCCCGUCGUGACUCAGCCAGAGCGAGCGAGUCGACUCAUCGGUGCGUCACAAGACACAGGAAUGAAGCGAGAAACAGAAGGGUCGAGAAGAUGGAGGAUGAUUUAUGGAUGAUGAUUUUUGGAAAGAUGCGGCGUUGCCAUGGGAACAGCUGUGGCUUUAAGACUCUGUGGCGUGUUUUGGAGUGGAGGAUGUUCUCUGAGGUUUACUGCGAAACCAGGACGUGUCUCAUGGGAGAUGAAUUUGGAGCGCACAGUUUAUUUUUUGCUGCAUCGAACGAAUCGAGCGUCUCAGAUUACCUUCAGCACCAGAGCGAAGCUGGAGGCUUGAGCUGGACCACAGGCUGAAAUAUUAUUCAUAUCUUUUCAUCGUGAUGUUUAAAACUUUCAACUCCACCUGGAUUCUGAUUCUGUAGAUUGCAGACAUGCAGUCAGAUGAGGGGACGGAGUGGCUCGUGGAGCUGCUCACAGACGUGCAGCUGCAGCAGUAUUUCCUGCGAAUCCGAGACGAGCUUAACGUCACGCGGCUGUCUCACUUCGAUUACGUGAAGACCGAAGACCUGGAGAAGAUCGGCAUGGGGCGACCAGGUCAGCGCCGUCUGUGGGAAGCAGUGAAGAGACGCAGAGCGAUGUGUAAACGCAAGUCGUGGAUGAAGGUGUUCUCAGGAAAGAGACCGGACUCUGAGGCUCAGACAGGAGUGCCGUUCCGGGAUUCGUCUCCCUGCAACGUUCCGGCCGAAGCUCCCGGUGAGUCCCAGCCUGCAGCUCUGACCUGUCUGAUCAGCGACCGGGAUCUGACGUUGCUGGAGAAACUCGGAGACGGAUCGUUCGGCGUGGUGAAGAGGGGGGAGUGGCAGGCUCCAUCUGGACGAGUGCUGAAUGUUGCUGUGAAGUGCCUGAAGACAGAUUUGUUGGAUCAGACGGAAGGUCUGGAUGAUUUCAUCCGGGAAGUGAAUGCCAUGCACUCUCUGGAUCAUCAGAACCUCAUCCGUCUGUAUGGAGUUGUCCUCACACACCCCAUGAAGAUGGUGACGGAGCUGGCUCCUCUGGGUUCUCUUUUGGACCGGUUGAGAAAGCGUCAGGGUCACAUUCUGAUCUCGGUGCUGUGCCGCUACACCGUGCAGAUCGCGUGUGGAAUGGCGUACCUCGAGUCCCGUCGCUUCAUCCACCGAGACCUGGCUGCUCGAAACAUCCUGCUGGCCUCCAACGACCUCGUCAAGAUCGGAGACUUUGGCCUGAUGCGUGCGCUGCCCAAGAACGACGACCAUUACGUGAUGCAGGAGCACCACAAGGUUCCGUUCGCGUGGUGUGCUCCAGAGAGCCUGAAGACCAGAACCUUUUCUCAUGCCAGCGAUACCUGGAUGUUUGGUGUGACGCUGUGGGAGAUGUUCAGUCACGGACAGGAGCCGUGGCUCGGCCUCAACGGCAGUCAGAUCCUCCAUAAGAUCGAUAAGGAGGGCGAGCGGCUGGUCAAACCCGAGGACUGUCCUCAGGAUAUCUACAACGUCAUGCUGCAGAGCUGGUCUCCGAAACCCGAGGACAGACCGACGUUCAUGGCUCUGAGAGACUUUCUUAUGGAGACGAUGCCUACAGACAUGAGAGCUCUGCAGGACUUUGAUGAACCAGACAAGCUGAAGAUCCACGCCAACGACGUCAUCACUAUCAUCGAGGGCAGAGCAGAGAACUACUGGUGGCGAGGUCAGAACCGUCAAACUCUGAAGGUGGGUCAGUUCCCCAGGAACGUGGUGACGUCUGUAGCUGGACUUUCAGCCCAUGACAUCAGCAGACCUCUUAAACACAGCUUCAUCCACACGGGCCACGGAGACACCGACCCUCACCGCAGCUGGGGCGCUCCGGAUAAAAUCGAUGAUAUAUACCUGGGGAACCCCAUGGACCCUCCUGAUGUUCUUGGGAUGGAUCCGAAUGCUGACAGACCCACCAAACUACCAAACCGGGCCAAAAAGCAACCUCCACCUCGUCCUCCUCAGCCGGCCAUUCUUCUCAAGAAGCCUUUCUACGACUCCGUGAUUGACGACGAUGAUGGAGACGAUGAUCUGAUUGUCACUGGACUGAAGAAGUUCUCUCUGAGAGCGCCGUCAUACCUCGGGCUACGCCUUCGUCCAUGGGAGAACUCGAACCCAGCCGAUCACCUCAGUGAGGUCUCGCUCAUCGACUUCGGAGACGAUAGCUUCAGUUCCACCUCGCCUUCCCCUAUUACAGAGACUCCUGCCUCCAGCUCCACUCUGUCUGGAGCCUCCAUCCUGGAUUACGGUCCUCCACCGAGCCCAUACCGCAGCUUGCCGAACCCUCUCCACCCGAUCCCCGUGGUGGACUGGGACUCCCGGCCGCUGCCUUCUCUCCCUGCAUAUGACGAGGUGGCUUUAGAGCGUGAGGAGCAAGAGGAUGUGGAGGUCAGUUCCAUAAACGCAGCAAAGACCGCCAAUCCAGACCAGCAAAAUUACGCCACUGUUGAAGGAGAUUUAGAUCCCAAGUGCAAAGUGGAAGACGAUCUGUUUGUUCUGUCCAAACCCGCCGUGGAAAACCGCUCUACCUCGCAGUCGGCCGAUAUCUUCAAGGAGUUACAGAGGGAGGUCAUGGCGAAGCUGCGUGUACCAGUGACGGCGCAAUCGAUGCCUUCAUCACCCCUCUUACCACACCGCCAAAUCAUCCUGCCAUCCUGCGAGGACAAGCCCCAGAUCCCGCCCAGGAUCCCCGUCCCUCCGACACGGCCUUCCAGACGGACACGUGCCAGGCUUUCUGCCUCCUUGGGUGAUGAUGAGGAGAGAUCUCAGCCUCCUCAGAUCCCUCCGAGAGACCACGCCAUGUCCCAGCCCAGCUCGCGAUCCCCCAGUCCCAUGAUCUCCACUCAGCAGAGACCAAUUCUGUGCUGUGUCGGUUCUCUGGGUUCCUGCCUCUCCCCUUCAUCGUACUCCUACGCUCCAUCCACUGCCCCUUCAAAGCUCAUUCUCAGCCCCAGUCGAGUCAACUAUAACUCCCAGAAUGCCAAUUCCUCCACCAGUAUGGACCAGACUCGAGCCAAGAGCCCCUGCAACAUGCCAGUCCUGAGCGACACCACCAGGGCCAGCGGCACUCAGUACUACCUGCUUCCUGACAGACCGACAUAUCUCGACAGAUAUGACAAGUCUGUGAAAGAUUCCGAACAAAACAAAGAGCGACGGACGAACAUGGCCACGGUCAGACCCAUGAUGCAGCAGCAGGUCAACAGCAGCAGCUCUACGAGCUCGACAGUGCUCAACACGUACAGCAGUGUGAAACAGGUACAGGAGGCGGUCCAUGGAGUGACGGUGGAGGAAUGUCAGACAGCGCUCCAGAGCCACGGGUGGAAUGUCCAGAAGGCCAUUGAGUACCUGAAGGUAGAGCAGCUGUUCCGUCUAGGUCUGAAGACUCGGCCUGAGUGUGUAGAAGUUCUUCAGAGGUGCAGCUGGAACCUGGAGCGAGCGAGCACUCAGAUGCUGGACUCAUACGGUCCAUCCAGACAAAGAUACUAAACCCACAAACCCAGUGGACACAGCACCCCCUUCUGUCCACUGAGAACCACGUGAUAUUCAUCUAAACCAUCUUCUUUGUUGACUGUUUCCUGAAUCGUUACUGCGUCUGGCCGGGAAACAAGCUAACGGGCUGACUUUGAAGAAUAUAGUUUUUAUUUUUUGAGAAUGUGGAGAAUGUUUUGUGGCUGUUGCUGCUCAGCUUUCGGAGCUUGGUGUUAAUUUAGCGCUGUGCUUCAAGCAGAUACUGCACUAAAUCUUUCUAUUUAAGACCUUCAUGUGUUAAGUUGUGUUUUAUAAUUAUGGAUGUGUGAAACUAAGAUGUCCAAUCAAAUGGCUCACUUUUAUUAUAUAUAUUUAUUCAUUUUGAAUAUGUGAAAUAUUUCUGAUCAUUUAUUCGGAUUAUUUUUUUGAUGAAACAGGAACCUCAUUCUGAAUGUCUGAAUAUUAUUCAUUAAUGCAGUCGUGGUAUAUGUAGAAGUUUUGUCCAUCGUUUUAAGUUUUUUAUUUAAUGUGCCAUAGAUGAUGGUGUUCAAAUACAAUUCUGUGUCCUUUUAUUUCUUAAUUUGUUUAUUCAUUUUUUCAUUUGUUUAUCAGGCUACCAAAGAUGUGUACAGAUUGUUGACUGUGGUGUCGGGCUUCAGUUUUUCAGCUCAGGCUUCCUUCAUAAACAUUUCAUAGAUUCCACUUAAAAGACUGCACAUGAACAAAAAUAGUCAGGUUUAUAAAAGCAUGAGUAUGACAAACAGGUGUACGAUGACCAGGUGUAUGUCCAGGUGUAUGAUGAGUAGGUGUAUGAUGAUCAGGUGUAUAUGACCAGGUGUAUGAGGAUGUGACCAAACCUUCAGUCCUCUCCAUAAAUAACCUUAAAUGUUUUUAUCUUAGGCCGUUAUCAUGUCCAUGUCCUACACAGUUUUUGUGAAUGAAGCCUCUGGACCUGAUUCCCUCAUCCUUCAGUCAUUUAACUCACCUCAGCUUCAACUCAACACUGUGUGUGUGUGUGUGUGUGUGUGUGUGUAGACGAUUUCUGUAACUGUCUGGAUGAAACAAAUGCCAGCAUCAGAGAUCAUCAUUAUGGUGAAAAUGAUUCCAAACUCAACAUUCUCGUGUUCCUGUUUUACGCUUUAGUCUGCAGUUCAGCUUUUAUUGUGCUUUUAUAGGGAAAGUCUGUGUGUGUGUGUGUGUGUGUGUGUGUGUGUGUGUGUGUGCUGGUUAUUCAGGUUUACACUGUGUACAUGGCUGUGUUUAACAGCAACACUGCAGUCCUGCUUCACUGUUUCUAAUCAUCAGGAUUCUAUUUCACACUGAAGCAGUUUCCCGUUCACACUUUAUUAGAAUUCAAAUCAUUUAUCUGUAUUUUUAUAAAAAAAUAAACAUGGCAGUGAAAUAACA